AAUUACAAAAAAAAACAAAAAAACACUAACUUCCCCAAAAGGUCAAAAACCUUCCCUCAAAGGUCUGCUGCUGCAACUCAAUUCUAGCUUCACUUGGACAGUUGGAUUCACUCUCCGAUUCCCUCUCUCGUAGUCAAUGCGGUGGCCGGCGCCGCCGGCGAACGCCGGGCUGGGCAUAGCCGCCAUGUCCUAUAUCACCGUCGACUACCUCCGCCACCUUUCCCCGGCGUGGCACUCGCGUCUGCAACCGGCGCUGUGGUCCCUCCUCGCCCUCACCGCCGUUUUCCGCGUCCCCUCCUACCGGCACUGGUCUGCCGAGUUCCGGUCGGCGAUUCCGUUCAUCGCCUCCAUGCUCUUCAUGCUCGCCGCCCUCCUCUGCGAAAUGAUCUCCGUCCGCUCCGUCACCGCCGUCCUCGGCCUCGACUGGCACCUGAACACACCUCCUCUUCCAGAUACGGGGCAAUGGUUGCUCUUGGCGUUAAAUGAGAAACUUCCUACUCCAAUUGUUGAGAUACUAAGAGCUCGAAUCAUUGGACUGCACCAUUUCUUGAUGUUGUUUAUGAUGCUGGCUUUCUCUGUGCUAUUUGAUUCUGUUAAAGCUCCGGGCCUCGGAUUAGGUGCUAGGUACAUGUUUACCAUGGCAGUUGGCCGCCUUCUUCGUGCCAUAACUUUUGCAUCUACAAUUCUGCCAUCUGCCCGUCCUUGGUGUGCUGGUUCCCGGUUCAGAGUUCCGGGAUAUCCUCAUCGUUGGGCUCAGAAAUAUUAUGUUCCCUAUGCUACAGAUCAUGAUGCUAUCAGCCGGGUGAUAAAGCUCGAUACAGCUUACGUUGACAUUGGAAAACCAGUUGGUGACUACCAGCCAGAUUGGGGUUCGAUGAGCUUUCUAAUUGAUUUUCUGCGACCCACUGUCUCCGAAGGACCUUCAUGGUACAGUCUGUUAAAGAAAGCUGGAGGUGGCUGCAAUGACCUCCUAUACAGUGGCCACAUGCUUGUUGCCGUGCUCACAGCCAUGGCUUGGACGGAAGCAUAUGGAGGAUUCAGUUCUGCUCUUGUAUGGCUUCUUGUGAUGCACAGUGCCCAAAGAGAAAUACGAGAACGCCAUCAUUACACUGUAGACUGCGUUGUAGCCAUCUAUGUGGGGAUCCUCUUAUGGAAGAUGACAGGUUUUAUCUGGUCACAUGAAGCUACAUCUAGUAAUAGGAGGCUGACUAAAUUUGAGAAGAUUCAAAGCAGACUAAUCCAAGCUUCCAAAGACUCGGACAUUGAUGAAGUGAGGGAGCUUCUCAAAGAGAUUGAGUUAAGCAAUGAAGAGAGCAAGAAUCAGACUGGAAUUAAAUAUUCACGGUUGUUUCGUAGUGCCACCAUUGUCUUUGCACUUGUCAUUGUUGUUCUGGCUUUCACACUGACAAGUGAUGGAUGAUCUUCUGGCGAUCCGAAAUUUUUAGAUUGUCACACAUGGUUUUGUCCUUGCAAAUUAUGUUGCGCGAAUGCUGGUGUUCUCAGUUUUGGAAUCUUGCAAAUGUAUAUCACGUAAUGAGGCUAUCUGCAAAUACCCCAAAAGGCAGGAUAUAGUGUUCGGUAUUAUGACUGUUCUUUGAUCAUUGUCAUCGUCUUGUACCACUAGACAUGUAAGAUAUCUUGUGUGAAUGAAUUGCAUCAUUAUAAAGAAUAGACAACUUACCAUGGAUGAAAGUCAGAAAUUGCAACAUUACAUGUGCUCGCCAAUGUGCCAAAGCGAGUAAUGAUUUACUUUGUUUGGUAGGAAUGAAUUGGAGCGAAUGGGAUAGAUUUUUA